AGAAAACAAAACAAGCAUGGAGAAGAAGGGUAACUCAGCAGAACUUUCACAGGGUCAUUUUCAUUAUAAAGUACUUCCAGGCGGCGGAUUUGACAGAAGCAAAGUGGUUUGUAGCCACUGCCAAGCUGAAUUUUCUUAUCACAGGAGUACUUCCAGUCUAAAAUAUCACCUUAACGCGAAGCACACUGUUGAUGCCAGCAAACCUUUCAACAAAGCAGAAAGUGGAGCCAGGCUUCGGCAGACUACGUUAAAUGCAGCGUGCGGGAGAAGUAUAGAUAAACCAGAGCAAGAGAAGCUAACAAAUGCCAUAGCGAAGUGGAUAGUUACAGACUGUAGGCCCAUUAGUGUUGUGGAAGACGACGCCAGCCUGAGAAACAUUGUGCGAAUCGCAACAAGUGACAGCACGUAUGAGCCGCCAUCAAGACGCACCAUCGCACCAAGAACACACGAGUUUUGUGAAAAGGAGAGGACUGUAAAAGUGACAACUUUACAACGUGCAGCUGUAGUUGCUCUCAGUGGGGACUACUGGACAUCAAUCGGUUGCUGCUCAUGCAGCACCAUCCGGAGACAACGAGCUGGUCAGAACAACGCGAGUGAGGAGACAGAUCCCAGAUGGGGAUACCUCGGGCCCCGUGUCCAACCAGACCAUGAGGGAGCAACCUUUGGUCUUCAACCAUGUCUAUAACAUCAAUGUACCUGUGGAGUCUCUUUGCUCGGUCGACCUUGCUGCAUCUGCACCGCAGGGACCCGGAGGGGACCCCCGUGCUGAGCUAGGGUCCAGAGCCUCUGUAGAGGGACCACUGGACCCAGUUGGGCCGACAGAGUACAUUGAACAGACAAUGGAUGCUGACAGCCAGGUAACAUUUACUCAUCGCAUCCACAUCCCAAAAUCGGCGUGUGGUUGUGCGGCGACAGUCACAAUCCAACAGCUGGCCACAAGGAUGGAGAUGCUGGAGAGAGAAGUGUCUAUGCUGCGGGCUCAAUGUGGAAACGGUUGCUGCGGAGAGAACCCAUCCAUUGCCCGUUUUGACUAUUUCCCAGGAUGCAACGGCCACGGCAGCUUCAGCCUGGACAUUUGCGGCUGCAUAUGCGACGAAGGCUGGACCGGCAAAAACUGCUCAGAACCCCGUUGCCAGGAUGACUGCUCCGGCCAGGGUGUGUGCAUCGAUGGCGAGUGUGUGUGUGACCGUGACUUUUCAGGCGAAAACUGCUCCGAGCUGCGCUGUCCCGCCGACUGCUCGGGCCGCGGCAUGUGCAUCGACGGGGAGUGCGUGUGUGAGGACUCCUUCUCCGGAGAGGACUGCAUGGUCGGGAGGUGCGUGAACGACUGCUCGGACCAGGGGCUGUGCGUGAACGGGACGUGCCAGUGCCGGCCCGGGUAUGUGGGGGAGGACUGCUCGAUGGUGUACUGUGCCAACAACUGCAGCAAGAAGGGAAUCUGCAAGGAGGGCUUCUGUGUGUGCCAGGAUGGCUUUGCUGGAGAUGACUGCAACUCGGUGGCCCCUGCCAUGAACCUGAAGGUCCGAGAGGUAACAGAUACAGCCAUCGAGCUGGAAUGGGAAGGUUCUGUGGUUCUAACAGAUUUCCUCGUGACCUACACACCGAGCAGUCCAGGAGGCGUCCAACUAGAACUGCGGAUGCCGGGGAAUACCACCUCCUGCACCAUCUCAGACCUGGACGCGGGUCUGGAGUACAACAUCAACGUGUUUGCGGUUAUUAACAACAGCAUCAGCGCCCCUGCCAGUAUUACCGUCACAACCUACCUCUCCAAUCCGGUGGGUUUAGUCUUCAAAUCCAUCACAGAGACGUCAGUGGAGGUCCAGUGGCAACCGUUCUACAAUUCCUUCGAUGGCUGGGAGAUCAGCUUCAUUCCCAAGGACAACGAUGGUGGGAUGACUGCCCAGCUGCCCAGCACCAUCACCUCCUUCGUGGAAACUGGUCUGAGACCAGGGGAGGAGUACACAGUCAAUCUGGUGGCGCUCAGAGACCAGGGUCGAAGUCAGCCUUUUACUGCUACUGUCUCAACACUGAUCGAUGGCCCCACUGAGCUGGUGGUGCGCGAUGUGUCCGAUACCGUCGCCUUCUUAGAGUGGACCCCGCCAAAAGCCAAGAUUGAUCAGAUUAUGCUGCGUUACGGCCUCGUGGGAGGGGAGGGUCCGCGGACUACCUUCCGCCUCCAGCCCACGCAAAGCCAGUACACCCUGCAGGUCCUGCGACCCGGCUCACGUUACGAGGUGUCUGUGAGCGGCUUGAGGGACGGGAACGCCAGUGGAUCAAUUUCCAUCGAAUUUACUACCGCUUUAUCGUCUUUCUCAGAGAUCGAUACCCCCAAGAACCUGCGGCUCCUCUCCAAGACCUCCACCACGCUGGAGCUGGAAUGGGAUAACAGUGAGGCACAGGUGGAUGCCUACCAGGUGGUGUACAGCACAUUGGCAGGUGAUCAAUAUGAAAAAGUAAUUGUUCCAAGAAAUGAAGGAGCCACCACAAAGACCACUCUCACCGAACUGCUGCCCGGCACGGAGUAUGGUAUUGGCAUUUCCGCCAUGAGAGGCAACAAUCAGAGCACAUCAGCUACUAUGAAUGCCAGAACGGGUCUGGAUGUUCCCAUGGAUCUAACUGUAACAGCAUCCACAGACAACACCAUCACCCUUGUGUGGGGCAUGGUACAGGGUCCCAUUGACUUCUACAAAGUCACCUUUACAUCUUCCUCGGGCUUGUCUACCGAGCUGACCGUGCCUAAAAAUGAAAUCACCACCACUCUGACGGACCUGGAGCCCGGGACGGAAUACACCAUCACAGUGGCAGCCAGGAGAGGACGACAGCAGAGCAACGUGGCAACCAUUGAUGCCUUCACAGGGAUCAGGCCCGUCUCUCAUCUAUAUUUAUCUGAGGUGACCUCCGACUCAGUGCUGGUGGCGUGGAGCUCCCCGGCGCCGCCCGCCGACGUUUUCAUCCUCAGUUACAGCUCCGCCGACGGAACCGACACCUCUAAGGUGACCCUGGACGGCUCCAAGACCAGGUCGCUGGUGCAGGGGCUUCUGCCCUCUACUCAGUACGACGUCAGCCUGAUUACAAUACAGGGAGACGCUACCUCUGAGCCAGUUACCGCAUCACUUAUGACAGGUAUGGACCCACCCAAACAGAUGACGGUGUCUGCCGUGGCCGAGGACACAGUGACCGUUUCAUGGAUCAAACCGCUGGCUCCAUUUGAGUACUACAAGCUGUCCUAUCAGUCAGCCAGAGGUCGAGUGGACAGCGUGGUGAUUGACAGCGACGUGACCAACUACACCUUGUCGAGUCUGUUCCCCGCUACUGAAUAUGAGAUCAGUCUGAAUGCUGUCAGGGGGAGCCAAGAAAGCAAAAUGGUCACCGCCUCAGUCUUCACAGCCAUGGACAUGCCAUCAGAGUUGACCGCACUCAACAUCACGCCACAAGGAGCCCUGCUGAGGUGGAACCCCCCUCUCUCCAACGUUGACAACUAUGUAAUAACACUCACACACAACCAAGUGACAGCAGAUACCUUCCUGGUGGAGGGCAACAAGCAGGAGCACCAGCUGUCCAACCUGAAGCCCAGCACGUCCUACUCGGUAGCCCUCUAUGCCACCAAGGGACCCCUCACCAGUGGCACUGUCAUCGCCAACCUCCAAACACCCAUCGACGCCCCUCUGAACCUGACAGCCAGCGAAGUGAAUCACCGCAGUGCUCUCAUCUCCUGGCAACCGCCCGCCUCGGAAAUUGACAACUACAUGCUCACUUACAAGUCAUCUGAUGGCAACCGUAAAGAGUUGAUCCUCGACUCAGAAGACACGUGGAUUCGUCUGGAGGGGCUGGCCGAGACCACCGAGUUCACUGUCAAGCUGCAGGCGGCAAGAGGCCUUGACACCAGCGCUGUCGUCUCCACCACCUUCAUCACAGGGAGUCGUCUGUUUGCAACGCCUCAGAAUUGCGCCCAGCACCUGCUGAACGGCGAGACGCUGAGCGGCGUCUACACCAUUUACAUCAACAGGGACCCCAGCCAGGGUGUGCAGGUGUACUGUGACAUGGGCACGGACGAAGGAGGCUGGAUUGUUUUUCAGCGACGUCAGAACGGCCUUACAGAUUUUUCCAGGAAGUGGAGUGACUAUCGAGUCGGUUUUGGGAACCUGGAGGAUGAAUUCUGGUUAGGUCUAGACAACAUCCAGAGGAUUGCCGCUCAAGGCCGCUAUGAGCUUAGGAUCGACAUGAAGGACGGACAGGAUUCGGUCUACGCCAACUAUGAUAAAUUCUCCCUGGGUGAUGCCAGAAACCUGUACAAGCUCAGGAUCGGCGAGUACAACGGCACUGCUGGUGACUCUCUGAGCUACCACCAGGGACGACCCUUCUCCACAAAAGACAGGGACAACGACAUCGCCGUCACUAACUGUGCCUUGUCCUACAAAGGAGCCUGGUGGUACAAGAACUGCCACCGAGCCAACCUCAACGGCAAAUACGGCGAGUCCAGACAUAGUCAGGGUAUCAACUGGUACCACUGGAAAGGACACGAGUUCUCCAUCCCCUUUGUGGAGAUGAAGAUGAGGCCGUUCAACUACCGCAGCAUCAGCAGCAAGAGGAGGCGGUCGGUGCCCGUUUAAGCCGCUGCUUAGAGACGGACGGAGUUUGGUAAUGCUUUGCUAAACAAGUCCUGAUCAGGAGGCAAUAAAGUAAGUUUAGCGAAGGAUCUGGUAACGGCCGCAAGCAUCCGACAAGAGCCGUCUUUCCCUGCUGUAUACCUCCUCCCGGGAGUUAAAGACACUGUAUGUAAUUUAUUCAUUGCUUUGAAUGACAAUUCUUGUUUUUUUUUCUGUAAAAAAAACAUGACAAAAAAAAAAAAAGACAAAAAGCAAAGCUAGGAUGCGCUAUUUUAACCAAUAACACUUUGAACAACAACUCUAUUGUAUAUGCCCCCAAAAGCCCACUACUGUAAGAUAUAUAUAUAUUUUUAUAACUGAUAGUGUGGCAAAGCUCCAUCUUAUUUCUUUAUGAUGACAUUCAUAGAAAGCCCCUUUUACACUGACUGUGUUCAGAACCAUCCAGGCAGUGUUCCUGCUUCAGGCAUCGGAGCCGUAACAGAGUAGGACAGGGCCUGCAACAAGUGUGGGGAUUGAAACAAAUGUCAUCUACAGAAUAUACACUGUAAAAAAUUACCAGGAUUUCACGGCGUUUUUUUCAAAGUAAAACAUCAUAAUUAGAGAUGUUCGAUAAUACUGGACUGCCGAUAAUAUCGGCCAAUAAAUGCUUUAAAAUGUAAUAUCGGAAAUUAUCGGUAUCGGUUUGAAAAAGUAAAAUGUGUGACUUUUUAAUACGCCGCUGUUCGGAGUGGUACACGGACGUAGGGAGAAAUACAGAGCGCCGAUAAACCUUAAAGGCACUGCCUUUAUGCGCCACACUGUGAACCCACACCAAACAAGAAUGACAAUAAUAACAAUAACAAUAACAGAACAAAUACCCAGAACCCCUUGCAGCACUAACGCUUCCAGAACGCUACAAUAUACACCCCCCGCUACCUCCUCCCCCUAGAACCCUGCCCCCCUCAACCUUCUCAUGCUCUCUCAGGGAGAGCAUGUUCCAAAUUCCAAGCUGCUGUUUUGAGGCAUGUUAAAAAAAAUAAUGCACUUUGUGACUUCAAUAAUAAAUAUGGCAGUGCCAUGUUGGCAUUUUUUUCCAUAACUUGAGUUGAUUUAUUUUGGAAAACUUUGUUACAUUGUUUAAUGUAGUGGUUCUCAACCUUUUUUCAGUUAGUACCCCCUGUGAAAAUGUUUUUAAUUCAAGUACCCCCUAAUCAGAGCAAAGCAUUUUUGGUUGAAAAAGGAGAUAAAGAAGUAAAAUACAGCACUAUGUCAUCAGUUUCUGAUUCAUUAAAUUGUAUAACAGUGCAAAAUAUUGCUCAUUUGUAGUGGUCUUUCUUGAACUAUUUGGAAAAAAAAGAUAGGUUUUUAUUUAUAUUUAUAAAGGAUUUUUGAAUUGUUGCUAUUUUUAGAAUAUUUAAAAAAAAAUCUCACGUACCCCUUGGCAUACCUUCAAGUACCCCCAGGGGUACGCGUACCCCCAUUUGAGAACCACUGGUUUAAUGCAUCCAACGGGGCAUGACAACAAAAUUAGGCAUAAUAAUGUGUUAAUUCCACGACUGUAUAUAACAGUAUCGGUUGAUAUCGGAAUUGGUAAUUAAGAGUUGGACAAUAUCGGAAUAUCGGAUAUCGGCAAAAAAGCCAUUAUCGGACAUCUCUAAUCGUAAUCGAAAUGUACUGUAACGUUAUAGCAAACGACUUAAAAAAUGACGAUACCCUCCUAUUUCACUGCAAUCAACAGUUAUUUGACAGUAAAAUACUACCGUGAAAAUAAUGCAAUUAUAGAAAAUGAAUUUGCUGUGUAUUUACAAUGAAAAUGUUUACAGUGUAUGUUCGUGGGAAGCUCAAUGUGUUACGUCUCUCGAUGCCGAAUAUUCCGUGGGAUUUCUGUGUAAAAGAGGCUUGCAGAAUUACAACAACAUCAAAGUUGGAACUUUGAAGGCAGUUCAACCUUACUUGUUUUAUUUACUGAAUUAUCAUUUGAAGCAUUACUUCCAUGCAUUUCUUGAAAUGGUUGGUCUUCAUUUUUUUAAGUUUGUUCCGGCGAAGGUUUGGAUACCAAAGAUGUGGUUGAUGUGCAAAGAGCCCAAACUAUUGCUUCUGUCCAAACUAACCAAUAGAACCACACAAGCAACAAUAGCAACCAUGUUUGGGCGUAAAGUACAGUAUUGACCCAAAUAUAAGACUGUUUUUUGUUCUCUAGAAAACUGUCUAAAAAUAAGGCUGCCUUAUUUUUUGGGCCUGACAAAGACCGAAUUUUACAAAAACCGAAGCAUUUUUGGGUGGGGAAAUUUUGACUAUAAUUCACAAUCCUUAAGUCUUUUUUUUUUUUUUAUUCCAACUCGUAAAUAAAUAUGAAUAAAAGUCCGCUUAUAAUGGAGCCAAUGGUAGCCAUGACGUUAUUGCAUUUAUUUUGACCAUUAAACGCAAUAAAUAACCAUCGAAAAACCGCCAACAAUACUUCAUUUUCAAUAUUAACCAAGUAUUAGCAAUAUUGUCGUUAAGGACCUACAUUUAGAGGUGCAUUGAUCAGAGAGAGGCAACUUCCUAAUGCUGCUGUAUUGACAUCAUUCUUCAUCUAAAUGAGAAUAUAUGAACAUCCUAACAGUCGGCAUCCUAAUGACAGCAGACCUUGUACAGUAAGUGAUUUUUUAUUAUGUUUGUUGGCUCUCAUGAAGUCUUCAGUGAGCAGUAAUCAGUGAUGUUGUCGAAGGAAAACGCGAACCUUGUGAUGCAUCUAUGAAAUUAAAGUGUCGCUCCAUGCUUAAAAUGAGCAAAAUGCGUAAAAAAUGCAUUUUGUUAUAAAUGUGGCUGUAACUACAUUACAUAUAUACUUACAUCAUGUAUAUAAAACCUUAUUGGAGGUGUUUGGAUGUUUUUUUAAGCGCUUUUUAAACAGAAUUGAGCAACUACAAUUGGCUCCAUUGUAAGCAGACUUUUAAACGUAUUUAUUUAUUAUUUACUAUCUAGAAUGCAUUAAACAUAUAUAUAUAUACAUGUAUAUAUAUAUAUAUAUAUAUA